CACUUAUUACUCCACUCUCUCUCCCUCUCUCUCUCUCUUCUCCUUUUCAUCUUUUCCCCUUCUCCUCUUCUUCGUCCCCAGUCCUCGCCUAGUCGCCUCCCCACAACCGCCGGCUCCGCGUCCCCCCCCCGCAGCCGCCUCCCUCCGCCGCGGCUCCGCGCGCGCGCCGAUCGACCCCCGGAUCGACGGAACCCGCGCGGCGGCGAGGCUCCAACUGGACGCAGCAAGGUAAUCGCCUUUCGGGGAAACUGUGUGAGGGAGCACGGGAAGAGAGUGAAGAGGCUGCGGAAACUGAGGGUUUGGUUAUCCGAAGAUGAUGGACGGCGCCAAAUUCCCUGGGAUCAUUGGCGCCGUGGGUGGUGGCCAUGACGGGGGCGUCAACUUCUGUGACAUGGCCUACUACCAGAAGCUGGGGGAGGGCUCCACCAUGUCCAUUGAUAGCAUGAACAGCAUGCAGACCAGCAUGCAUGGUGGUUCCAUAAUGUCGGUGGACAACAGCAGCGUUGGUUCUACCGACUCCCGAACUGGGAUGCUUAACCAUCCUGGUCUCAGGGGGCCUGUUGCUGUGGCCAGCUACUCGGUUGGGAACAGCAUUUUCCGUCCUGGGCGUGUGUCGCAUGCCUUGAGUGAUGACGCACUGGCACAGGCUUUGAUGGACACUAGAUUCCCGACCGAGACGCUCAAGGAUUAUGAGGAGUGGACCAUUGAUUUGGGGAAGCUCCACAUGGGGAUGCCCUUUGCACAAGGUGCCUUUGGGAAACUCUACAGGGGAACCUACAACGGAAUGGAUGUUGCCAUUAAGCUUUUGGAGAGGCCGGAGGCUGCCCCUGUGCAAGCUCAGCUGUUGGAGCAGCAAUUUGUGCAAGAAGUUAUGAUGCUUGCAACAUUAAGGCAUCCAAAUAUAGUCAAGUUCAUUGGCGCGUGCAGGAAGCCAAUGGUCUGGUGUAUUGUCACAGAGUAUGCAAAGGGUGGAUCUGUUCGGAAUUUCUUGACCAGGAGGCAGAACAGAUCUGUUCCACUGAAGCUGGCAGUGAAGCAGGCACUAGAUGUUGCACGUGGCAUGGCAUAUGUUCAUGGCCUUGGGUUCAUCCACAGAGAUCUGAAGUCAGACAACCUCUUGAUUUCUGGUGAUAAAUCUAUCAAGAUUGCAGACUUCGGAGUUGCUAGGAUUGAAGUAAAGACCGAGGGGAUGACACCUGAAACGGGAACAUACCGUUGGAUGGCUCCUGAGAUGAUCCAGCACAGACCAUACAACCAGAAAGUUGACGUGUACAGUUUCGGCAUUGUGCUGUGGGAGCUAAUUACCGGGACCCUUCCUUUUGCAAAAAUGACGGCAGUGCAAGCUGCAUUUGCUGUGGUGAACAAGGGCGUCCGCCCAACAAUACCCCAUGACUGCCUCCCAGCCCUUGGGGAGAUCAUGACCAGGUGCUGGGAUGCAAAUCCCGACGUCCGUCCUCCGUUCACCGAUGUUGUCAGGAUGCUGGAGCAUGUGGAGAUGGAGGUCCUUACUUCUGUCCGCAGGGCCAGAUUCCGGUGUUGCAUCUCCCAACCGAUGACACUGGACUGAACCAGGCGAAAUCCAGAAGAAGAAAGCAACCUGGAGAGAAGUUGAAGUCCUUGUAUUUAUCAUAUUAAUAGACUUGUGAUGCAGCAGAAGCAGAAAGCCCACCCCAGCACACUGUGUGUGCUUGGGCGUAAUACGAUCUCCCUUUACGUAUUUAUCUUAGACCAUACCCUAGUCUCUAUCGUUGUCGUAAAACUGUCAGUUGUACUAGAGACAGCUUUAUCCUUAACAUCUUGAAAACAUCAUGCAGGUUUCCUUUUGUUGUAAUGACCGGCAUACAUGUUCCUGCUGCCCUGUCCGUGUGUUAUCCAUCCUGCAGGAACAUGAGCAAGCUUUGAUGCUUCAUAGUAUAUAUAGUAUGUACAAUCACCUGGUUUGGUUUUGUCUAUGUCAGCAUCAUUUAACCUA